AGAUUCUGAAGAAGGUCGGUCGGGACAGAAGGAGAGUGCCGAGAAAGAACCCUGACGGAUGUCCAGCCGUCGCCACCUUUUUCACCAGCCAUCAGUUCACGGACUACGCUGCCGUACAGAGUCUGUACGCCGAGGGCAAUGAGUUUGCUGCUCACUCCAUCUCGAAGCGACUUCCGGCGGAAUACUGGGCUGAGAUGUCGGACAGAGAGAUGUCGGCUGAGUACCGCGACCAGCGCGUCAUGUUCGAUAUCUUCUCCGGCAUUCCUCCGAACGAGAUAACAGGCGUGCGCGCCGCCUACCUGCAGACUAAAGGUAACGACUUCAUGCGGAGGAUGCAGAACGACGAAUUCACCUGGGAUUCGUCCUACGCGACCGACCGCAUCAACCCGGCUACCUGGCCCUACACGUUCGAUUACCUCGAUACUACGGGUUGCGCUGUGCGGCCGUGCGUCACCGAGCCCGUGCCUGGCAUGUGGGAGAUCCCCCUGGUGGACUGGAUUGACACUAACGACACUCUGUGUGAGAACGUGGAUAGUUGUUACUUCCCUAACGACAAGGCGGAGGCUCUGGAGCUGCUGCGUACUAACUUCGCUCGUCACUACGAGACGAAUCGCGCUCCGUUCACACUCAACCUGAGAGCCAGGUGGUUCCUGAACGACGGCUACUACAACAUGGAAGCGCUGCAGCAAUUCCUGGACGAGAUUCAGCAGAAUCCUGACGUAUACCUCGUCACCUACAGCCAGGCAAUCGCCUGGGUUCGCAACCCCGUCCGACUCGCCGAUAUCGCGCGAUCUCGCGUGUUCGCUUGCGAUUACGCCGACCGUCGUCCACUUUGCGAAGCGCCGAACCUUUGCGGAUACGCUAACAUCACCUACGCGCCCAACAGCGAGGAACAUCCAGGCGAUAGGUACUUCCAGACCUGCGGUCGCUGCCCUCCCGUCUACCCGUGGGUGAACAACCCUGACGGUAGCGCUUAAUGCGGUCCGAUCGGUUUCGAAAUACAUGUACACAUCUCACUAGCACUAGAAGACACACGGUGCGGCUAGUAAUUGCGUAGAUUCGACCGUAUUGUUUCGUAAAUAGGAUUAAUUAGUAAUUAGUAAUUUAUUGAGCGCGUAGUAAAUUAUGCUAAUGACGUUGGCAUCUUCCCUGAUGAAAGUCGGAACGUAUAUGCCGCCAAAAGUAUUGCCUCAUUAGCAUAACGUCUGUCACUAACCAGAGUAAAUCUCGGCUGAUUCGCUUACGCAGAAACUGACUUGUGGUAUCUAGAGACGCAUGUGUGCAUUGUCGUGCGCACGAGUCCUAGCUCUAAUUACAACUCGGUCGAUCGUUCAUGUUUUUAUUCGUUGUCAGAAAUAACAAAAUGUCAGACGGCCCCGAAUCGAAAGCCACUCUAGCGGUUGUAUUAUGUUUGAGUCAAUAAACGGCUAUACGAUACACAUACAAA